CCUGGCAAAUGCACUGCAACCAGGGUCAGUUAAAAAAGUGAAUAAAAGUGCAAUGGCUUUCAAACAAAUGGAAAAUAUUUCGUUCUUCUUAUCAUUCGCCGAAAAACACAUCACGAAAUCGGAGCUCUUCCAGACAGUUGAUCUUUUCGAGGGACAGGAUCCAAAUGCAGUUGUAAUUUGUCUUGCAUCACUAGCGAGGAAAGCAGAAGAACUGUUCGGAAAGCCGGGCUUGGGACCUAAGGUAUUCACUUGUAAUCAUUACACAGUGAUAAUGAUAAAAGUAUUACCAUUAAGUAUAAUUAAACUUCGUGCCGGUGAGACUAUCAUUGGACUUCAAAUGGGUACCAAUAAAGGUGCAAAUGCAUCCGGUAUAAAUAUGGGUAACACACGACAUAUGUAACA